GUUUCAUCGUAGGGCGAGGUCGGUCGAUGUUCAGAAAUUCAGUGACUAUUUCUACAGGAUUUAACCAAUUUGCGACACAAUGGCUGCUCAUAUAGAGAUGUAUAUCAGGGGUCCUUAUGACAAGGUGAAUACCAGAACGGGGGCUUGCCCGACAUGUCAUGAGUACACUCUAGCCUUCUCUGUACUACAGGAAGCAAUGCCAAACCUUUUGACAACCUUAGACAUUGUACCGUUCACUCCAGAGAACCCACCACCCAUUCUUAAGGAGUAUGGAAAUGGUAAACGAUUCCCAGUGUUGUUCGUUAAGGAAGGCAAAGAUUCAAAGGGUAUAGAUAUGUCGAAUACAGUGUGUGACACUACUGAUGAGAUUGAAGGGCUCCUAGACAGGUUUAACUGCACAAGGUUACAUGGACGCAGAGAUAGUGUCGAAGAGGCUGAAGCAGAAAAAGCAUUUGAUAGUUUAUAUGUGAAAUUUAUGGCAUACAUUAAGAAUCCUGACAAAGACGCAAAGGGAAUUCUUCGUGAAUUGAUGAAACUCAAUGAACAUUUGGGACGUCAACAAGAAAAGGGACUACGUUUUGCGGUGGAAGAUCACUUAACUCUGGCUGAUUGCUACGUCCUUCCAAAAGUGCAUCACAUCAGGAUAGCCGGCAAGGCAUACCGAGAUUUCGACAUCCCUCUAGAUUUGAUUCACUUAUGGCGCUACCUAGAGAAUUGUUACAAUCAGAAAAUAUUUGUCCGAUCAUGUCCAGCUGAUAAAGAUAUCGUAGAGUUCUACCGCGCCAAGACCCCAAUCAAGCCUAAUAUGGAAGCAACAAAAGUGAUGCUCGGGCCUGUGACCUUGACCUUGGAUGUCCCAGCAGAGGUCGCCCAGCAUCCCCCGAGAGAAAAUGGCGAGAACGGAGACUAAGACAUUAUUGUAUGAAACUGAAUGCAAUGAAAAUAUAGAAUGAUUUUAUAUAUAUUAUUAUACAGUUAUAUUUACAUACAGCUAGUUGAGAUUGAAGUGAACAACAAGCCAAUUUUAGAAAGCUAGGGCUAUUGAUGCUCUAGCUAGGGCUAUUGAUGGGCUAGCUGGGGCUAUUGAUGCUCUAGCUAGGGCUUUUCAUCCUAGGAAAGUACAGAACUAUUCAGAAAAGCAGAGCACUGUU